AUGAAACAGGCGACCCGUUCUUCCCAGCGUUCCUCCUUCUUCUCCUUCUCCGGCGGCGGCCUCCGCAACUCCGUCGCCGGAUUCCUCAUCCUCUUCCUCCUCAUAUAUUCCAUCUAUUGCUCCAAGCUCCUCCUCACCAGAGACGUCGCCGCCAAUUGCACUCCGGUGGCCGCCGUCUCCCAGCGGGAGAACCUCGCCGACAACAACAAUGAUCGCCCGGCCAACGUCUCCUCCCCGCCGGCGCCGGAGGAGUUAGAGCCGAAGCACAUCGCGUUCGGAAUCGCGGCGUCGGCGGAUCUCUGGCGAUUCCGGAAGGAUUACAUAAAGGCGUGGUGGCGGCCGGGGCAGACGAGGGGGGUAGUUUGGCUCGACCGGAAUGUCACCAUCACCAAAGACGACUACCUAUCCCUGCCGGAGAUCAGAAUCUCCGAUGACACCUCGUCCCUUCCGUACACCCACCGGCAGGGAAAACGGUCGGCGCUGCGGAUCUCUCGCAUCGUGUCGGAGACUCUCCGGCUGGGGAUGAACGACGUCCGGUGGUUCGUUAUGGGCGACGACGACACUGUGUUUUUCGUCGACAAUCUGGUGAGAAUCCUCUCCAAAUACGACCACAACCAAUUAUACUACAUCGGAAGCUCCUCCGAGAGCCACAUCCAGAACAUCUUCUUCUCCUACGCCAUGGCCUACGGCGGCGGCGGCUUCGCCAUUAGUUACCCUCUGGCGGUGGAGCUCGAGAAGAUGCAGGACAAGUGCAUCCAGCGCUACCCCGGCCUGUACGGCUCCGACGAUCGAAUUCAGGCUUGCAUGGCCGAAUUGGGCGUGCCCCUCACCAAAGAAAUCGGCUUCCAUCAAUACGACGUGUACGGCAACCUAUUAGGCCUAUUGGGGGCGCACCCGGUGGCCCCUCUAGUAUCGCUACACCAUUUAGAUGUGGUGGACCCGAUAUUCCCGGGGGCGAAUCGAUUGGAGGCGAUACAUCGCCUUUUCGAGUACGCGAAGCACGACUCAGCGAGCAUGGUGCAGCAAUCGAUAUGCUACGACAAGAAGAGGAAUUGGUCAAUCUCGAUAUCUUGGGGGUUUGUGAUCCAGAUCAUAAAGGGCGUGAUGUCGCCGAGAGAGCUGGAAAUGCCGACUCGGACAUUCUUGAAUUGGUACAAAAGGGCGGACUACACAGCCUACGCAUUCAACACACGUCCCAUGAUGCGUCAGCCCUGCCAGAAGCCUUACUUGUUCUACGUCGACUCCAUCAAAUACGACGAGAAGAGGGGCCAGACGCUCGGAUUUUACACUCUCCAUCGCGACCACUUCCCGACGUGCCGCUGGAAAGCCGCCGCGCCGGACAGGAUCAAGUCCAUUGUAGUCCUCAAGAAACCAGAUAGCAACAGGUGGAAAAAGUCACCUAGACGAGACUGUUGUAGAAUUUUGGCUUCGAAGAAGGAGUCGAUGCUGUUCUUAUGGGUAGGCAAUUGCAAACCAGGGGAGAUUUCUGCCUUGUAG